AUGUACCUAGCAUUUGCAAAUUCCAUCAAAGGAUGGAAACAUUGUAGGCCAGUCAUUGUGAUAGAUCAAACUUACUUGAAGACAUCAUUUGGAGGAACUUUAUUCACUGCUUCAACAAUUGAUUCUAACAACAACAUAUUUCCAUUAGCCUUUGGAAUAGGAAACUCUGAAAAUGAUUCAUCAUGGUUGGUUUUUCACAAAGCUAAAGGAGACAUAUGGAGAAAGAGAAGAUUCCAUGCUCCAAUAAGAAGAUAUACAAUGAUGACAUCAAAUAUAGCCGAAUCGAUAAAUGUUGCAUUGAAAGCUGGAAGAACGCUGCCAAUCACUACAAUGAUGGAAGGCCUUCGAAGUUUAGUUCAAAAAUGGGUAUGGAAAAAUGGCAAUGAAGCGAACGGAACAUUCACAAAAGUAACAACAGAUACUGAAACUGUGCUCAGAGAAAACUUUAUUUGGGCCAUUAAAUUUCAGGUCUUCCCAGUAAACACUAUACUGUACCAAGUUGUGGUAGAAUACAAAGAAAAUUUUCUGGUCAACCUAAUGGAGAAAACAUGUGAGUGCAAAAGGUUCCAACAAGAUGAAAUACCAUGUGCACAUGCAAUAGCAGUAUUUGCCAAUACACGGCUGAAAACAUAUGAUUAUGUUGCUGAUUACUACAACACUACAACUAUGAAAGCAACAUAUGAGUCAAUUGUUCAUCCAUUGCCAAAUGAAAGUGAAUGGACACUACCAGAGACUUUAAACAAAAUUGUCCUACCACCAAAAUUAAGAAAACCACCAAGCAGCCCUAGAAGGAAAAGAAUCAGAACUAGAGGAGAACCAAAAGUGCAGAUUAAAUGUGGAAGAUGUGGGCAACCAGGACAUAAUUGA